AUGCCUGGGCCUCCUUCCACCACGUCGCUGCCGAGGCCGAGCAGGUGCUACCGCUGCCGCUCGUCGUCAUCGCCGCCACCGCCGCCGCCGCCGCCGCAGAAGCAGCGAGGCGCGGAGAGCAAGCGGCGGCCUAUCCGCGGAGCGCGGCUGCUGCUGACCCGGAGGGCGCUGGCGACGGUCGCGGUGGCGGUGGCGGGCCGCGCUAGAGCGGCGGAGAAGGACGGCGACGGCGGGGAUGGUGGCGAGGGGGUGGUGGGCGCGUUCAAGUCGCUGUUCGACCCGAACGAGGAGACCAAGGCCGGGAAGGUGCUGCCCAAGGCGUACCUGAAGGCGGCGCGGGAGGUGGUGCGGACGCUCCGGGAGUCGCUGGGGGAGGGGGACGCCGCCGGCGACUCGGCCAGCUUCCGCAGGGGCGCCGACUCCGCCAAGACGUCCAUCCGGGAGUUCAUCGGCGGCUGGAGAGGCCAGCCCGCCGUCGCCAAAGAGGAGUCGUAUGUGGCGCUGGAGAAGGCCAUCAAAUCGCUGGCGGAGUUCUACUCCAAGGCAGGGCCCUUCGCCUCGCUACCGGGAGAUGUCAAGAACAAGAUCCUGGACGACCUUAACGCCGCAGAAGCUUACCUCUAG